GCGAAAAGUCGCGUUUGCGAUGGCUUAACGGCGUGGUUGACUGUGGAGGUGAAACGGAGGAACGAUUUUUUUCGUCUAAACGUUGCGUUCUGCUUCUACACUGAAGAUUAAUAGCGGCACCUCGGUGCUUCGACCAUGGCGAGCACAAUCCUUCAUCGGUUUGUGGGCAGCAGCACCCACAUCACGUUCAAGACCCUAGUGAGCAAGCAGUGUUCGGCACCGUGCGCCUCCCGGUUAUGGAUCGCACAGCGUUUCUUAGCCACACCGACGCCCGCAACGGCGAAAAAGGUUUACCAGAGAGAGAAGCCGCACUGUAAUAUCGGCACCAUCGGUCACGUCGACCACGGUAAGACUACGCUCACGGCUGCCAUAACGAAGGUGCUCGCCGAGGAGAAGCUGGCGGCCGCCAAGAAGUACGAGGAGAUCGACAACGCGCCCGAAGAACAGGCGCGCGGUAUCACCAUCAACGUCGCUCACGUCGAGUACGCCACGAAGAACAGGCACUACAGCCACACCGACUGCCCCGGUCACGCCGACUACAUCAAGAACAUGAUCACCGGCACCUCUCAGAUGGACGGCGCCAUUCUGGUAGUGGCCGCGACGGACGGUGCCAUGCCCCAGACGAGGGAGCACUUGCUCCUCGCCAAGCAGAUCGGCAUCGAGCACAUAGUGGUCUUUCUGAACAAGGCCGACGCGGCCGACAAGGAGAUGCUGGAGUUGGUGGAGAUGGAACUUCGCGAGCUCCUCACCGAGUUCGGCUUCAAGGGCGACGAGGUGCCCAUCAUCACCGGCUCUGCCCUGUACGCGCUCGAGGACAAGGAGCCCGAACUGGGCCGGCAAGCCGUGCUGAAGCUUCUCGAAACCGUGGACUCUCAUAUCCCGACGCCCGUGCGCGAUCUGGACAAGCCUUUCCUGCUUCCCAUCGAGUCCGUUCACUCCAUCCCCGGCCGUGGCACGGUUGUGACGGGUAGACUCGACCGCGGCACCCUAAAGAAAGGCAUGGAGUGCGAGAUACUGGGCCACAACAAGUACUUCAAGUCGGCCGUUACGGGCAUCGAGACGUACCACAAGAUCUUGGAGGAGGCGCAAGCCGGUGACCAACUAGGAGCUCUGGUGAGGGGCGUCAAGCGAGACGAACUUAAGAGGGGCAUGGUGCUGUGCAAGCCGGGCACCAUUCAACAGCACGACCGCUUCGAGGCGCAGGUGUACGUCCUGAAGAAGGAGGAAGGUGGCAAGGAGAAGCCUAUUCUCAAGUACUACCAGCCCACGAUGUACUCUAGAACGUUCGACAUCACCGCAAGGGUGUUUGUGGAAGGCCGCGACAUGGUGAUGCCUGGAGAAGACGCAAAGCUGGAAAUUCGAUUGUUCCAGCCCGUGGCAUUGGAGCAAGGGCAGCGUUUUACACUCCGUGAGGGCAGAAUUACGGCGGGAACCGGGGUUGUCACCAAGGUCUUGCCCAACUUGAACGAAGAGGAGAGGCUUGACCUCCGCAAGUCCCAGAAACAGAGAGAGAAAGAUGCCCUGAAAAAGGCUGCGCAGAAGUCAUCGUAGGACGCCUUGGUGCUGAUUUUGCCUAGCAAGUUAGACUAAGGCCACUGUAGAGUUUCUAUAACUUUCAUUCGUUUCAUUUGCUUGUAUUGUAUUAAUAAAGAAAAGUCAUUGUUAUCGUAC